UCUGAGUCACGCUCCCCAUGACUGCAUUUUUUCCAGCUCACAGCUGCCUGGUGCAGGGGACGUGUGUGUGUGUGUGUGUGAGUGUGAGUGCGAGGAGUCUGCGGAGCCCCCUUCCCGCCCCCUCCCCACUCCGGUUCAACGCCUCCGGCCUCAGAUGGCCGUCUGAGGGGGUUCACGUUCAAUCCCGCCGAUGAGGAAUGAGGGAGGGAAUGGACGGAGCAGUUUUCCAUUCUGCUCCCUCUAAUCCAGGAAGUCCCUCCUGGUGUCUGGCUACAGGCCCUCUUGCUACCGCUCCCGGAGUCCCAGAUCUGCCUGGCCCCUGACCCCAGCAGGGGUCAGAGCCCACUCCCCAGAAGGUCAAGGGAGGAGGCAGGAGAGUGGGUGCCCCGCCCGCGCCCCACGCGUGCACCCGCCUUGCCCCUGCCCGGCAGCCUGCCGUCCCUCGGCUUGGGCCUGCCUGGCCGUCUGCGUGUGGGUGUUAGCCGUUCACCCUCCCCCCGCCCGCCACCCCCCUCCUCCCCAUGCCGGAGCCGCUCGCCAGCCCCCUCCCGCCCUCCGGUCCCCUGCCGCCUCCCUGCAGCCUCUCUUCCUCCUGGUGGAGCCUUGGGCCCCUGCCUGCUCCUCCGCGGGUCCGGGCGCCUCCGGCCGGCGCUCCCUCCCUCGCCUCCGCCCUCGCUUGGCUGCCGCCUGCUCCCCUCUCCUGCCCUCCUUCCCCUGUCGCCCCGUCCCCUCCCCCGGACUCUGCAAACAUGAGGGUCCUGGCCUGCCUCCUCGUGGUGCUGCUUGGGGUUCGGGCCAUUGAGCGGCUGCGCCUGGCCGACGGCCCCCACGGCUGCGCCGGCCGCCUGGAGGUCCGGCACAGCGGGCGCUGGGGCACGGUGUGUGACGACGGGUGGGACCUGCGCGACGCCGCCGUGGCCUGCCGGGAGCUGGGCUGCGGGGGGGCGCUGGCCGCCCCUGGGGGCGCCUUCUUCGGGGAGGGCGCAGGCCCCGUGUGGCUCAGCGAGCUGGCCUGCCGCGGCGGCGAGGGACACCUGGGCCUCUGCCCCCACCGCGGCUGGAAGGCCCACAUCUGCAGCCACGAGGAGGACGCGGGCCUCGUCUGUGCAGGUCAGCGCGUGGCCGAUUCAAGGGACGAAUCAGCUCCCCUCCCGGACGGGGACCCCUGGCUGGGGCUGCCUGGGGAGCUGAGCCCCAGCUCCGAGGAACCCCCUGUGACUCAUGCCCCCCGCCUGGCCGGAAGCCCCCGGAAGAAGAGCCCCCGGCCACCCAAGCAGGUCAAGUCCACCAGGGCCCCUUCGCUGACGGCUGGGGCCCCCCGACAAGAGCGGCUGCGCCUGGUCUCAGGCCCCCACGGCUGCGCCGGCCGCCUGGAGGUGUUGCACGGCGGGCGCUGGGGCACCGUGUGUGACGACGGGUGGGACCUGCGCGACGCCGCCGUGGCCUGCCGGGAGCUGGGCUGCGGGGCCGCGCUGGCCGCCCCCGGGGGCGCCAGGUUCGGGCCGGGCGCGGGGCCCGUGUGGAUGGACGACGUGGGGUGUGGAGGAGGAGAGCAGACCCUACGGGACUGUCCCCGGAGCCCCUGGGGCCGGAGCAACUGCGACCACAGUGAGGACGCUGGGCUGGUGUGCACGGGCCCGGCCCCCAGGCUGCGCCUGGCCGACGGCCCCCACGGCUGCGCCGGCCGCCUGGAGGUGUUGCACGGUGGGCGCUGGGGCACGGUGUGUGACGACGCCUGGGACCUGCGUGACGCCGCCGUGGCCUGCCGGGAGCUGGGCUGCGGGGGGGCGCUGGCCGCCCCUGGGGGCGCCUUCUUCGGGGAGGGCGCUGGCCCCAUCAUCCUGGACGACCUUAGGUGUCGGGGAAACGAGACGGCGUUGCGAUUCUGCCCGGCGCGGCCCUGGGGCCAGCAUGACUGUCACCAUCGUGAGGACGCGGGGGCUGUGUGUGACGGUAUGCCCCUCGGCUACGUGCCCCCCACGGCCCCCGCAGUGGACAGCAACAGCUCAGCAGCCAGGGAGGCAGCCCCCAGGCCCCUGGCCACCACAGCAAGCCAGGCCCCGCUGACGGCCGGCGUGUCACCUCCUCCAUCCGCUCCAGUCGGCCCUCGGGAGCCGGGCCCGGAGGCCGGAUCUCCCCAGCUGCGCCUGGUGGCCGGGCCCAGCAGGUGCUCCGGCCGGCUGGAGGUGUGGCAUGACGGGCGCUGGGGCACGGUGUGUGAUGACAGCUGGGACCUGCGCGACUCGGCUGUGGUCUGCCGGGAGCUCGGCUGCGGCGGGCCUCGGCAGCCGGAUCCCGCUGCUGGCCGCUUUGGCUGGGGCUCGGGCCCCAUCUGGCUGGAUGACGUGAACUGCAUGGGGACGGAGGCGUCGCUGGCCGACUGUCCUGCUGCUCCCUGGGGGAAACACAACUGUGCUCACAACGAGGACGUCGGGGUCACCUGUUCCGGGACGGCUGGCCUGGACACUGUCUCAGACCCCUUCAGCUGGAGCUGGGUCCCGGGGCUGGGCAGAGACCAGGAUGCCUGGCUCCCGGGAGAGCCGGUCACCCAGCCCUCUCCGCCUCGGACCCCCAGCGUCCUGGAGAAGACCACCACGAAGGCCCCGGCAAAAAUGCCCAAGAGCACUAAGAAGUGGGGGACCAAAGCCACAAAGAGGCCAACCACGCCCCCUCCCCCGGUGCCCACCACGAAGCACUCCAGGGCGCUGGGCACCCAGAGCCCGCUGGAGCUGACCUCCCGGACCACCGAGGCGCCCCGCCGAGGGCCCACCCGCACCACGACUGCCACUGCUCAGGCCUCCCUGCGGCCGUCCGCCCAGACCCCAGCUCAAGGGUCUCCAGGCUCAGCCGAAGCCGCAGCCCCGGCCACGACGGCGGCCAGCACCACCGGGGCGCCAGGUGAGCGGCGGGCAGGGCGGGGCAGGCGCGGGAGGGCGGAGGCCACGCCUCCCACUGACCGGGCUCCGCCCACAGGGCCCUUCCGGGUUCGUCUGGCCGACGGGCCCAACAGGUGCGCCGGGCGGCUGGAGGUGUGGCACGCGGGGCGCUGGGGGACGGUGUGUGACGACAACUGGGACCUGCGCGACGCCACUGUGGCCUGCUGGGAGCUGGGCUGUGGAAAGGUCCGGCCCCGCGUGGGCAAAACGCACUACGGCCCCGGGACGGGGCCCAUCUGGCUGGACGACGUGGGCUGCCUGGGGCGCGAGACCUCGCUGAGCGACUGCCCCGCGGGGCCGUGGGGCAAGCACAACUGUGACCACGAGGAAGACGUGGGGCUCACGUGCACGGGCUACACGGAGGACGAGGAGUAUCCGCCCUGGACUUGGGACCCCCCGUCGGGAACCGAGCUGGCCCAGGGCACCCCCACGGCAGGCGCGCCGGGCCGCACGUCCUCCUGGGCCACCCCGCGGCGCACCGCAGCGCCCCCCGCGACCUCGAGGCGCCGUCCGGACACAG